AUCAAUUUACACGGAGCCCUCAGUAAAUAAUCUGUCAAAGGUCCACCCAUUUGACAUUCUGCCCACCCCGCUCCCUGGGAGAAACCCUCCCUUCUCUGGGAGAGACAAACUCUCCCAGGGCGGAGGGCCGGAGUUCCAACCGCGUCCCUGAACUUCGUUUGCUGAAACUUGCUUUCUGCCAACAGCCAUGCUUCGAGUGAUUGUGGAAUCCGCCAGUAACAUACCUAAAACGAAAUUUGGGAAACCGGAUCCAAUUGUAUCUGUUAUUUUUAAGGAUGAGAAAAGGAAAACAAAGAAAGUUGAUAAUGAACUCAACCCUGUCUGGAAUGAGAUUUUGGAGUUUGACUUGAGGGGUAUACCAUUGGACUUCUCAUCCUCCCUUGAGAUCAUUGUGAAAGAUUUUGAGACAAUUGGACAAAAUAAAUUAAUUGGCACUGCGACUGUUGCCCUGAAGGAUCUCACUGGCAACCAGAGUAGAUCACUGCCCUACAAACUCAUCUCCCUGCUAAACGAGAAGGGACAAGACACUGGAGCCACUAUUGACUUGGUGAUUGGCUAUGAGCCGCCUUCAGCUCCACAUCCAAAUGACACAAGUGGGACAGAUGUGCCAGGAAUAGAAGAAGAAGAGGAAGAAGACCAAAGCAGUGAAGACAGGUUGGACAGUACAGUCAGAACCCCUGGGCCCAGGGGGCCGGGUGGGAUGGCGUCAGAAGCCCAGCUUGCUCGGAGAGUUACCAAGGGAAAGAACAACCGGCGGAUGCUGUCCAACAAGCCACAGGACUUCCAGAUCCGCGUCAGGGUGAUUGAGGGCCGGCAGUUAAGUGGCAACAACAUAAAGCCUGUGGUCAAAGUCCACGUCUGUGGCCAGACACAUCGAACAAGAAUCAAGAGGGGGAACAACCCCUUUUUUGAUGAGUUAUUUUUCUACAAUGUUCAUAUGACCCCUUCCGAAUUGAUGGAUGAGAUCAUCAGCAUCCGGGUUUAUAAUUCCCAUUCUUUGCGAGCAGAUUGUUUGAUGGGAGAAUUUAAGAUUGACGUUGGAUUUGUUUAUGAUGAACCUGGUCAUGCUGUCAUGAGAAAAUGGCUUCUUCUCAAUGACCCUGAAGAUGCUAGCUCAGGCGCUAAAGGUUACAUGAAAGUCAGCAUGUUUGUCCUGGGAACUGGAGAUGAGCCUCCUCCUGAGAAACAAGAUCUUGAUAAUGACAGUGAUGAUGUGGAGAGCAAUUUGUUACUCCCAGCUGGCAUUGCCCUCCGGUGGGUGACCUUCAUGCUAAAAAUCUACCGAGCUGAGGAUAUCCCCCAAAUGGAUGACGCCUUCUCACAGACGGUAAAGGAAAUAUUUGGUGGCACUGCUGAUAAGAAAAACCUCGUGGACCCUUUUGUAGAAGUUUCUUUUGCUGGAAAAAAGGUCUGCACAAAUAUAAUUGAAAAAAAUGCGAACCCUGAGUGGAAUCAAGUUGUCAAUCUUCAGAUCAAGUUUCCUUCAAUGUGUGAGAAAAUAAAACUAACUGUAUUUGACUGGGACCGUCUUACUAAAAAUGAUGUAGUUGGAACAACUUAUCUAUACCUCUCUAAAAUUGCUGCCUCUGGUGGAGAAGUAGAAGAUUUCUCAUCUUCGGGAACUGGGGCUGCAUCGUAUACAGUAAAUACAGGAGAAACAGAGGUGGGUUUUGUUCCAACAUUUGGACCUUGUUAUCUGAACCUUUAUGGAAGUCCUAGAGAGUACACAGGAUUCCCAGACCCCUAUGAUGACCUAAAUACUGGAAAGGGAGAAGGAGUUGCCUACAGAGGCAGGAUCUUGGUUGAAUUAAGCACUUUGCUUGAAAAGACACCACCAGAUAAGAAGCUUGAGCCCAUUUCAAAUGACGACCUGCUGGUUGUUGAGAAAUAUCAGCGAAGGCGGAAGUACUGUCUCUCUGCCGUGUUCCAUUCAGCCACCAUGUUGCAAGAUGUGGGCGAGGCCAUUCAGUUUGAGGUCAGCAUUGGGAACUACGGCAACAAGUUUGACACAACCUGCAAGCCUUUGGCCUCAACAACUCAGUACAGCCGGCCUGUUUUUGAUGGGAACCACUAUUACUACUUACCCUGGAGCCACACAAAGCCAGUCGUUACCCUGACUUCAUACUGGGAGGAUAUUAGUCAUCGCCUGGAUGCUGUGAACACUCUCCUAGCCAUGACAGAGAGGCUGCAAUCGAACAUAGAGGCUCUAAAAUCUGGGAUACAAGGUAAAAUUCCUGCAAACCAGUUGGCCAAAUUGUGGUUGAAGCUGAUAGAUGAAGUUGUAGAAGACACAAGUUACACCUUGCCUUUCACAGAAGGAAAACCUAAUGUCACAAUUCUUGAUACUCAGAUACAAAAGUUACGGUCCAGAUCUCUCUCCCAGAUACAUGAGGCAGCUGUGAGAAUGAGGUCUGAAGCCACAGAUAUGAAGGCCACACUGUUAGAAAUUGAGGACUGGCUUGAUAAGUUAACGCAACUGACUGAAGAGCCACAGAACAGUAUGCCUGAUGUUAUCAUCUGGAUGAUUAGGGGAGAGAAAAGACUGGCCUAUGCACGAGUUCCUGCACAUCAGGUUUUGUACUCCACUAGUGGUGAGAAGGCAUCUGGAAAAUACUGUGGGAAAACCCAAACCAUCCUUCUGAAGUAUCCACAGGAGAAAACCAGCGGGCCCAAGGUACCUGUGGAAUUGCGAGUGAACAUCUGGCUGGGCUUAAGUGCUGUUGAGAAGAAAUUCAAUAGCUUUGCAGAAGGAAAUUUCACUGUCUUUGCUGAAAUGUAUGAAAAUCAAGCUCUCAUGUUUGGAAAAUGGGGCACCUCUGGACUAGUGAGACGUCAUAAGUUUUCUGAUGUCACAGGAAAAAUAAAACUCAAGAGGGAAUUCUUUUUGCCUCCAAAAGGCUGGGAAUGGGAAGGAGGUUGGAUCGUUGAUCCUGAAAGAAGCUUGCUGACUGAGGCAGAUGCAGGCCACACGGAGUUCACUGAUGAAGUCUACCAGAAUGAGAGCCGCUACCCCGGGGGCGAGUGGAAGUCAGCCGAGGAUACCUACACUGAUGCGAAUGGUGAUAAAGCAGCAUCACCCGGCGAGUUUACUUGUCCUCCAGGUUGGGACUGGGAAGAUGACGCAUGGGUGUAUGACAUAAAUCGAGCCGUGGAUGAGAGUGGUUGGGAGUAUGGAAUUACCAUCCCUCCAGAUAAUAAGCCAAAAUCCUGGGUUGCAGCAGAGAAAAUGUAUCACACUCAUAGACGGCGACGGCUGGUCCGGAAACGCAAGAAAGAUUUAACACAAACACCUUCAAGCACUGCAAGGGCCAUGGAACAAUUUGAAGACCGCGAGGGAUGGGAAUAUGCAUCUUUAAUUGGUUGGAAAUUUCACUGGCAACAGCGUAGUUCUGACACUUUUCGCCGCAGACGCUGGAGAAGAAAAAUGGCUCCUUCAGAAACACAUGGUGCAGCGGCCAUCUUUAAACUGGAAGGUGCCCUUGGAGCAGACACCACGGAGGACGGGGAUGAGAAGAGCGUGGAGAUGCAGAAGCACAGCGCCACCACUGUGUUUGGGGCCAACACCCCCAUCGUCUCCUGCAGCUUUGACAGAGUCUACAUCUACCAUCUGCGCUGUUAUAUCUAUCAAGCUAGAAACCUCAUGGCUCUAGACAAAGACAGCUUUUCAGAUCCAUAUGCUCAUGUCUCUUUCCUCCAUCGAAGCAAAACCACUGAGAUCAUCCACUCAACCCUAAAUCCCACAUGGGACCAAACCAUUAUAUUUGACGAAGUUGAAAUCUAUGGGGAGCCCCAAACAAUUUUACAGAACCCACCCAAAGUUAUCAUAGAACUGUUCGACAAUGACCAAGUGGGUAAAGAUGAAUUUUUAGGACGAAGCAUUUGUCCCCCUCUGGUGAAACUGAACUCAGAAACAGACAUCACACCCAAACUUCUCUGGCAUCCUGUCAUGAAUGGAGACAAGGCCUGUGGGGAUGUCCUUGUGACUGCAGAGCUGAUUCUGAGGGACAAGGAUGGAUCCAACCUUCCCAUUCUUCCUUCUCAAAGGGCUCCAAACCUAUACAUGGUCCCUCAGGGAAUCCGGCCAGUGGUUCAGCUCACUGCUAUUGAGAUUCUAGCUUGGGGCUUAAGAAAUAUGAAAAACUACCAGAUGGCUUCUAUCAUGUCCCCCAGUCUCGUUGUGGAGUGUGGAGGGGAAAGGGUAGAAUCAGUGGUGAUCAAAAACCUUAAGAAGACACCCAACUUUCCAAGUUCCGUUCUCUUCAUGAAAGUGUUCUUGCCGAAGGAGGAACUGUACAUGCCUCCACUGGUGAUCAAGGUCAUUGAUCACAGGCAGUUUGGGCGGAAGCCAGUUGUUGGCCAGUGCACCAUCGACUACCUGGACCGCUUUCGCUGUGACCCUUAUGCAGGCAAGGAGGACAUUGUGCCACAGCUAAAAGCCUCCCUUAUGUCUGCACCCCCCUGCCGGGAUGUUGUUAUUGAAAUAGAAGACACCAAACCAUUACUGGCUUCUAAGUUCCAGUGCUUAAGCAGCGUUUCAGCAGCACUCAGCAAAAUGGCUUCUCCAAGGACAGUGCAUCUUACAGAAAAGGAAGAAGAAGUUGUGGACUGGUGGAGCAAAUUUUAUGCAUCAUCAGGGGAACAUGAAAAAUGUGGACAAUAUAUUCAGAAAGGCUAUUCCAAACUCAAGAUAUAUGAUUGUGAACUCGAGGAUGUUGCUGCCUUUGAGGGCCUGACAGACUUCUCAGAUACCUUCAAAUUGUACCGAGGAAAAUCAGAGGAGAAUGAAGAUCCAUCUGUGGUAGGAGAGUUUAAGGGUUCUUUUCGAGUCUACCCCCUGUCGGAUGACCCCAGCAUGCCGGCCCCUCCCAGGCAGUUUCGGGAAUUACCUGACAGCGUCCCACAGGAAUGCACGGUUAGGAUUUACAUUGUUCGAGGCUUAGAGCUCCAGCCCCAGGACAACAAUGGCCUGUGUGACCCUUACAUAAAAAUAACACUGGGCAAAAAAGUCAUUGAAGAUCGAGACCACUACAUUCCCAACACUCUCAACCCAGUCUUUGGCAGAAUGUAUGAACUGAGCUGCUACUUACCUCAGGAAAAGGACCUGAAAAUCUCUGUCUAUGAUUAUGACACCUUUACCCGUGAUGAAAAAGUAGGAGAAACAAUCAUUGAUCUGGAAAACCGCUUCCUUUCCCGGUUUGGGGCCCACUGUGGGAUACCUGAGCAGUACUGUAUUUCUGGAAUAAAUACCUGGAGAGAUCAACUGAGACCGACACAGCUGCUUCAAAACGUGGCCAGAUUCAAAGGCUUCCCAUCACCCAUCCUCUCUGAAGAUGGAGGUAGAAUCAGAUACGGAGGACGAGACUACAGUUUGGAUGAAUUUGAAGCCAACAAAAUCCUGCACCAGCACCUUGGGGCCCCUGAAGAGCGCCUUGCCCUUCACAUACUCCGGACUCAAGGCCUGGUCCCUGAGCACGUGGAAACGAGGACUUUGCAUAGUACCUUCCAGCCCAACAUUUCUCAGGGAAAACUUCAGAUGUGGGUGGAUGUUUUCCCUAAGAGUUUGGGACCACCAGGCCCUCCUUUCAACAUCACACCCCGAAAAUCCAAGAGAUACUACCUACGUGUGAUCAUCUGGAACACCAAGGAUGUUAUCUUGGAUGAGAAAAGCAUCACUGGAGAAGAAAUGAGUGACAUCUAUGUCAAAGGCUGGAUUCCUGGUAAUGAAGAAAACAAACAGAAAACAGAUGUCCACUACCGGUCCUUGGAUGGUGAAGGAAAUUUUAACUGGAGAUUUGUCUUCCCGUUUGACUACCUCCCUGCCGAACAACUUUGUGUCGUCUCUAAAAAAGAGCAUUUCUGGAGUAUUGACCAAACGGAAUUUAGAGUCCCACCCCGGCUGAUUAUUCAGAUAUGGGACAAUGACAAGUUUUCUUUGGACGACUACUUGGGUUUCCUGGAACUUGAUUUGCAUCACACAAUCAUCCCAGCAAAAUCAUCAGAGAAAUGCAAUUUGGACAUGAUUCCAGACUUCAAAGCCAUGGACCCCCUUAAGGCUAAAACCGCCUCACUCUUUGAGCAGAAGUCCAUGAAAGGGUGGUGGCCGUGCUUCGCAGAUAAAGACGGCUGUCGCGUGAUGGCUGGGAAAGUGGAGAUGACACUGGAGGUCCUCAAUGAGAAGGAAGCCGACGAGAGGCCAGCUGGAAAGGGGCGGGAUGAACCCAACGUGAACCCCAAGCUGGACCCACCAAACCGACCAGAAACCUCCUUCCUCUGGUUCACCAAUCCGUGCAAGACUAUGCGGUUCAUUGUGUGGCGCCGGUUCAAGUGGGUCAUCAUAGGCCUGCUGAUCCUGCUCAUCCUGCUGCUCUUCCUGGCUGUGCUCCUCUACUCCUUACCGAACUAUUUGUCAAUGAAGAUUGUGAAGCCAAAUGUAUAAUGAAAACAGUGACUUCAAGAGUCAUCUAGCAAUAACGGAUUCUGCCUCUUUUUAUGGAUAAAAUUCAAAUGUGAUUUUGUGUUUGAGACUACAGCUCAGGGCCAUGUUACACUACUUUACCAAGGCUCAUCCAUUCCCAGAACAUCUAAAUCCUGGAAAGUCAAGCCAAUGAGCAACAUUUUUAUAUUCUUGUCCUUUGAAGUAUUAAAAGUUUUAUUUUCUAAAGCCUUAAAUGUUUUUUUCAGAAUAUUUUUCAAGGUGGCUGGUUCCAUUUAAAAAUCAGCUUUUUAUGUGUCUUCUACUCUGUGAUGCAAGUUUGAAAACUGAUGAAACAGAAUUUGAAAAUUUCUGUAUUUUGACAUCAGGUAUUUCCUAUUUGUACCUAAGAAAAAGAACUGUGGAUUAUAAAAACAAUAACUACAGUUACUAUUAUUUAAGCCUGCAACCAUUUUUAUGAUAUUUUGUAU